AUAGUAACGCGGUUCCUAGUGAUUCAAGAUGAACUCUGCCUUUUACGUUUUUCAAUAUCAAUUGAGAGUUCGUUUCGUGUGUUGGGAGUGCGUUCCGGGACCCAUUCUCCAUUCUGUUGGGUUUAAGCCUAUGUCUAUGUUAUUGAAUUCACUGUUGACCAUUUCUCUUCUUAGCUUUUCACUCGUUUGAAAGUGUGGAAUUUGUUUUUGCUGUUAUUUGAUUUUAUUUUUACAUGUAUUUGUUUAUUUAUUUUGGUGUCUGCUAAAUGAUGGGAUAGAAUCUUAUAUUCUUAUAUGCCCUCCCCAGCACCCCAUGCUUUAUUCUGAAUAUUUUAUUUCCUAAUUAUAUGAAUAUCAGAAUAUGUUUGUUUACUCCAUAGAAUGCACCGAGUGUGGGAGAGCUUUCAUUUGUCAUUCUUCAGGAGUUAUAUAGUAUGAACAGGUUUGUUGUAGGAUUCUAUUCUAAAGUUCUAGUUGUCUUGGAGUUUGUAACUAACUAUUGAUUAAGAAUAGUCUAGAGUUAUGUUUGGUGGGAACUAAUCCUUCAAUGUUAAUAAACUUUGUUUGACUAAUUUAGUGACCAUGUUAUGUUUAUGUUGCGAACGAUAAUUCUUGAGGAGGAAAGUGGGGUAAUAGGGAAUGCACGGGGAAAUAGUUGAUAAUUGAGUGUGGAAGAAAAGAAUAUUUUAAGUCUCAAGAGGCAUUGGAGACAGUAAAUGACAAGAAGUUCAGACCAAAGCUUCUUCCCUUCUCUUGAUGACAUGGGAGCUAGAGGAGUUGUCGGGGACAAGUGGUCCAUGAGAAUUCUUUGGGCUUGUGCUCUUGGAAGUGCUGCUGGCCUAUAUAUGGUUGCUGUAGAGAGACAGAAGAAGAAUAGGGAGAAGAUCUUAGCCGAAUCUCUGAACAUGGAAUUAGGGGAAAGCAAUGGCAAAGAUGUCUGAACUACAACAUGAUUUUGCCCCCCAAAAAAAUAGAAAAAAAGAAAAUAAAUAAAAAAAGAAAAAGAAAAACUGUGUUAUCAUGCAGCCGAGCAGAUGCAGAAUUGCCUGUCUUUUUCUAAAAGUACCUUUUGAUGUAUAAGGUUUUUGCAUUCAUCUUUUGUCUUUUCGUUGGCAAGAUAAUCAAAUAGUUUAUUAAAUUUUAGCUGUGGAAUAUAUAUGUGUUGCCUUCUAGUGUUUGUUGUAAUUUCAUCAAGAAACAAAUCACGGUAUUUUCAUUGAGCUGAAAAAAUAUUUGAAAUAAAAACAUUGAUGUUAAUUCUCCAAGGGUAUAUUUGGAA